AUGUCUAAUACUAUAAUUAUUUCUGGAGAUCAGACAGGAACUGAAAGAGCAUCAUUAGAUGCUGCUUUGGAUAACAAAAAACAAACCAUUAAAAUUGAUGGAUAUUACAUAAACAAUAGAUAUGCUGAAGAUGGAAUUUUGCCAUCUAAAUAUAUACUCAGAAAUUUGGAUACUGAUUCUGAUCUCACAAGAAAUAAAGAAAAUCUUAAAUUGGCCAAUAAAGUAUUAAUUUUAACUGUAUCAACAGUUGACUUUGAUACUGAAACUAUCCCAAAUUUUGAAGAAAAAGAAUCAAAGAUCAUUAAACUUAAAGAAACUCUUAAUGAUAAUAUAAAUCAUAUUAAUAUUGACUCACUUAUUGAGUGGAUUAACAAUGAGAAAAUAUUUAUAACAGGUCCAAAAGAAAACAAUAAUAAUCAUAAAAGAUUAUUCGUAUUGAUUUGGUUGCACGAGAAAGCCCCUGAUGAUAAUCAUUUACGCGCACACUUUAUAUUUGGAGAACUGAAUAAUCAGCUUUUAACGUUAAUAAUGUUUGGAAUUUGUAAGCGAUGCAAACAGGAUAACUCACAUGUUUCAUGGUGUAAACCAUGUGAUCCUGUAAAUUCGGCUAGCUCUGGAAAUGAUUUGGUCGACGAUUUUUUACAAAGAGCCUUAGACUCAGCGGAUCACGAAGAAGGAGAGAAAAGGGGUGAAGAACUAAAAGUUGCACUUAAAAUGUUUGAUAAAUCUGAAAAUAUCCCAGGGAGAGAAGAGUAUAACAAAAUAAGAAAUGAAUAUAUAAAUGCGGAUAAAAUGAUUUCAGAUCCAUCAAAUUCACAAAAAGAUUCGGACGCCAUAUAUACCAGUCGGCUCCUUACCAAUGAUCUUAACUUGAAAAAUCUUCCAGAACCAAAAAAUUCAGACGAAUUAACGGCAUCACCAAAUUUGGAAUAUUUUUUUAUUUCAGAUGAUGUAUUUCCUAGAUUGCAAUCUUUACAAUCUAUUCUUCGUGAACGUUCUUUUCUCGCGUUACGUCAUCAUUUCUGGGAUAUCUAUUGA